ACCAUUGCAGAAGACUCGUCAGCUUGCCAGUUUACAGAGUCCAAUCUUCUCGCUAAUGCCUCUUGUUGCCUCGAUGAUGUUUUGAGCUCUUCGCACUACAGAUCUAGCCUUGCUUCCUUGGAAGCCGGCCUAGUUGUUGCCUUGUCACCUUCGCCUGUCAAGCCGAGUGAACAACCGGCUGAGCUUGCAGGGCUGUUAACGACAGUCGACGAUUCUAGCAUCCCCGAAGUUGCCUCAGCCGCAGUGCCUGACAUUUCUGGCUCUGAUGAUGCUGGACCUUCACUUCCUCCGCUUCAACCGCCCCAGUCGCCUGAUAUUCCGCCUAGAGUUGACGGUGGCAGGCAGAAUAGCUCAAAUGGUGUCUGUGGCCAACAGAACGCUGGCUCGAGGCCUGCAUCUGGAGAGGCCUCGGGCUUUUCUGGAGCCCGAGGGACAAUAGGGUCUAAUCGACACACUCCGGGCCGUCAGGUGUCAGGAGGUUCCAGAAAAUUAUCCGGAUCCUUUGCAGCAGCCGCUUCCGGAGGCGGAAAGCGCAAGUUUAUUCCAUAA